GGUAACUUCCAUUCUCCGCCUCCCCUUUUAGUCGCUGACUCCUGCUUCAACCCCGCCCAGCCGUGGGACACGUCGCAGCAAGAGAGGCAACGGUGGAGCCGUAAGUGAGCUGUUGCAGCGCCGUCCUGCCUUCGUGGUGAGAGCGGCAGGUCAGUCCACCUUCUGCUUCAGCGGGUUCCCAGGAAGUUUUGGGUAUGAAAAUUUAAAAUGGACCCUGAAGAGCAGGAGUUGCUUGGUGAUUAUAGAUACAGAAAUUAUUCUUCAGCAAUUGAUAAAGCUUUGAGGAACUUUGAAUCUUCAAGUGAAUGGGCAGAUCUUAUCUCUUCUCUUGGUAAACUUAACAAGGCUCUUCAAAGUAAUUUGAAGUACUCCCUUUUACCAAGACGUCUUAUUAUUAGCAAGAGGCUGUCACAGUGUUUACAUCCAGCUUUACCAAGUGGAGUGCAUCUAAAGGCACUAGAGACCUAUGAAAUAAUAUUUAAAAUUAUUGGAACCAAAUGGCUUGCAAAGGACUUAUUUCUAUACAGCUCAGGAUUGUUUCCCUUGCUGGCAAAUGCAGCAAUGUCAGUGAGACCUGUUCUUCUUGGUCUGUAUGAGAAAUAUUUUCUUCCACUACAGAAGUUCCUCCUGCCAAGUCUUCAAGCCUUCCUAAUUGGACUCCUGCCUGGUUUGGAGGAAGGAUCAGAAAUCUAUGACAGGACAGAUGCUUUGCUUGUGAAGUUGUCCCUAAUAAUUGGCCAAGAAGUCUUCUAUUCAGCACUGUGGGGGAGUGUCCUGGUUAGUCCUUCCAUAAGGCUACCUGCCUCUCUUUUCGUUGUUAGUCAUAUCAACAGAGAAUUAUCUGGAAAACAGCAGAAGUAUAUGCUGGGCACUGAUGCUAAGCUCAUGGUCAAAGCUUUUUGUGUGUCAAUGCUGGAUUCAAAUGUUCUUGUGCAAAGAAACACUUUGGAGGUGGUUCUCUUCUUCUUCCCAUUUUAUUCAUCUUUGGAUUCCAGUGAAAGUGCUGUUCCACUAUCUAGGUCUGAUGUAGUCCAUCUCCUCUCAGCAGCUGCCCAAACUCUCUUAAGAAGAGAUAUGUCACUUAACAGAAGGUUAUAUGCAUGGCUACUAGGUUCUGAUAUAAAAGGAGGCAUUUUUCUACCAGAUCCAUCUAUUUCCAUGUCCUUAGAAGAUCAUGCCCUCUAUUUUUUUGGAAAAUAUUCCAAAGAUCUUUUAGUUGAGGGCUUGAUAGAAAUACUACAUCAAAACUUUGAAGAAUCUGACUUAGAAGAACAGCAUCAUGCAUAUUUGAAACCAUUCCGCAUCCUCAUAAGUCUACUUGACAAACCUGAAAUAGGACCACCAGUGGUCGCUGAUCUAUUUCUUGAAGUGAUUAGAGCAUUCUAUGCUUAUUGCAAGGAAACACUUGGUUCUGAUCUUAAACUAAGUUACAGUCAAACAGGAAAUAUCCUUACCAGUGCAGUCAAAGAAAACAAGAAUGCAUCUGAGAUAGUUAAAACAGUUAAUCUGCUGAUCACAUCUUUAAACACGGAUUUUCUCUGGGAUUAUAUGACCAGAUGCUUCGAAGACUGCUUCAGAAAUAAAUCUAUUCAGACACAACUUCUGGCUCAGAAUGUUGCAACAGUUUCAGAACUCUGUACCCUACUGAUUUUUCUUCUAGAUGUAAUACCAUUGGAACUUUAUUCUGAAGUGCAGUCUCUGUAUCUGCCACAGAUGCUUUGCUGUAUCGUGCACUCUCUUCUUGAAAACAUGGAAACUCUAAGUUUACCAGAGCUCACUCAUGCCUUAAGGACUUGCUUCAAAGUACUUAGCAAAGUGCAGAUGCCUCCUGCCUACCUAGGUACUGAUACAGGAAGCUCAGACACUAGCCCCAUACAGGAAGAGAACCAGGAAUUAACAUCAGAGUCCAAAGUGCUCCAGGAUGAAGAUGACACUCUUUUUCCUCCACUCAAAUCUGAAGACAGUGGUAUAGGUCUUAGCGCUUCAUCCCCAGAGCUGUCUCAACAUAUGAGAAUACCUAGGGUAACCUCUGGGAAAGAUGAUGUCUGGAAAAAGGAUGGGAGCAUGCAGAAAACUUUGCAGUGCAUCCAGGAGCUGGUUGCAAAGUUUGCCAGUAAAUACAUAUUUGGGGUUCAUUUACAAGAUUCCAGUAAUGGCAGUAUUUUGACAGUACAUGCAAAACAAAGAGAGAGAAAAGGAAACCAUUAUCAAGCUGCUCGAAAUACAGCCAAGAAAAGGAGCUCAUGGGACUCCAAGCAAAUAACUGUGCCUCAGUUUAAGCAGAUGCUAUCAGACUUAUUCACCGUCCGAGUGUCACCAUUUAAACAGAAAGAUAUGGAGCCUCCAUCUACUUCAGAUGACCUUGGUAGCCAAAGCAGGAAAGAAGAAGAAUGGGACAUUGACCAAGUUAUGCUUGACUUGGGAGAUACAAGAGAGGACUGCAGAGAGGCCUUUGCAGCUGUAUGCUACCUCUUACUGGAUUGUACUACAUUUCCUGUCUACCUUUCUGAGGAAGAAACUGAACAGCUCUAUUUGUCUCUCUUUCAAGUGCCUGGAGGCAAUGAUUCCAGUUUUCCUCUGUGGCUCAAAUCUCUGAUGACAAUAUGUUGCUGUGUAAAUGACUGCCACAUUCAGAAUGUGUCCAUCUCUGUACUGCUAGAAGUAAUAAACCAUUCCCAGUCAUUGGCACUAGUUAUUGAAGACAGAAUAAAGCGGUAUAAAAUUCCUGCCCGAAACCCCUUCUUUGGAAGAUUGCAGAUGGUCACAGUUCCUCCUAUUGCUCCUGGAGUUCUAAAACUAAUUUCAGAAAAAACUGAUUUCUAUCAGAGAGUUGCUCAAGUGCUUUGGAAUCAACUAAACAAAGAGACGAGAGAGCAUCACAAUGCAUGUGUAGAGCUGUUCUACCGCCUUCAUUGCCUAGCUCCGUCUGCUAAUAUCUGCGAAGACAUCAUCUGCCAUGCAUUACUGGAUCAUGAUAAAGGGACAAGACUGGAGGCACUGUUCCGAUUCUCUAUCAUGUGGCAUUUGACCAGAGAAGUACAAGGCAACAGAAUCACUUCCCACAAUCGCUCUUUUGAUAGGUCCCUGUUUGCUGUAUUGGACAGUCUUAAUAAUUCAGAUGGAGCGAUUGGUGCUGCAGCACAGGGUUGGCUGAUACGAGCACUCUCGCUUAAUGAUGUUACACGAAUUCUUGAACCCAUUCUUCUGCUUCUGCUUCAUCCCAAGACACAGCGUACUUCUAUUCACUGUGUCAAACAGAAAAACUCAGCAGAAGACAUGCAUCUUUGGUAUAAAAAGAAAAAAGCUUCCUUCCAGAAGUCCUUAGGAGCCUCUGAAAGUAGCUCUGAAGAAAGUUUACCACUGAGCCAGUUUACAGCUGUGGACAGGGAAGCUAUUUGGGCUGAAGUUGAAAAAGACCCAGAUAAAUGUCUGCUAAAAAAUGAACUGCCAUUACAUGAUCCUUAUCAGUGUGCCGAAGCUCUGCAAGACAUGGGUGAGGACGAUAAUAGUGAACGCACGGAGUCUGCCGAUACUAGCACUGGACCUAUUGAUAGUGAUAAUACAUCAUCCUUUUCUCCUUCUCUGGACCAGCAAGAUAUGAGCAAUGAUGAGAAUUGCAGUGCCUUAACAGAAGACAAAGAAAGCAUGAAACAUGUUGGUUCUUCUAAUGUUUAUCCCCCUGAGAGUUCCAAAUCCAGUACCAUGCUAAAUCUGGUACGUGCUGAUUCUGAGAAAACUCAAGCAUCCGAAUCUCUCUCAAGUGAUGAGGAGGUGGAUUUGGAGCUUCAAGCACUUACCACAUCUAGAUUGCUAAAACAGCAGAAGGAAAAACGGGAAAUAGUUGAGGCUCUAUUUAAGCAUAUUCUUUUAUACUUGCAGCCGUAUGAUUCCCAAAGGGUCCUGUAUGCUUUUUCUGUUUUUGAGGCAGUGCUCAAAACAAAUCCUAGGGAGUUCAUUGAAGCUGUAGCCACCACUAGCAUGGAUACUAGCUCCACAGCUCAUCUGAAUCUCAUCUACAAUCUUCUAGCCCGCCAUCAGGAAGCUCUUGUGGGACAGAGCUUCUAUGGAAAGCUCCAAACUCAGUCACCAACUGUUUGUCCCCAUUCACUAUUAAUAGAAUUGCUGAUGUACCUCUGUCUGAGUUUCCUGCGCUCUUAUUAUCCUUGUUACUUAAAAGUGACUCACAAAGAUGUGCUUGGCAAUAGGGAUGUCCAGGUCAAAAGUGUUGAAGUCUUGAUCAGGAUGAUGGCACAGCUGGCUACAAUGGCCAAAUCAACAGAGAGCAAGAACAUAGAAUUUAUACGCAGCUUGCUUGGAAGAUGCAAAAUUCAAGAAUUUGUCCUCCUUUCUUUAUCUGCUUCUAUGUAUGUAAGUCAGAAGUGUUAUGGACAUAUGAUGGCUGAUAAGGCUAAUGGUUUAAGUGAAGACUGUAUCCUUGAGGAAAGCCUGAUCAACUUUGGUCCUGAUCAGAUUUGGAGCGAGCACCCUUUACAGAUUGAGCUACUUAAACUUCUGCAAGUGUUGAUAGUCUUAGAGCAUCAUCUUGGACAGACUCAGGAGGAACUGGAGAACCAGCCAGGCCUAUCUAAGGAAUGGCAAAAGGCACUUAACUUUCAGGAAGCUAUUAGUGCUAUGCAGUAUGUGCAUCCACACCCAAUAACUUCACAAGGAUUAUUUGUGUCUGCCGUAGUUCAAGGCUUGCAGCCAGAGUAUGGGUAUGGCAUGCAUCCAGCUUGGGUAGGCUUGGUUGCAUAUUCCUUGCCCUACUUGGGGAGAUCUUUAGGGUGGACAGUGGCACCAUUUACUGUACAAAUAUGCAAGAACCUGGAUGAACUUGUCAAACAGUAUGAACAUGAAACUCUGCAAGUGUCACCAAAGGCAUCUGUAAGCAUAAAUUCUAAAAGGGAGAACAUCACACCAGAUUAUCCUCUAACCCUUUUGGAAGGACUAACUACUAUUGGCCAUUUUUGUCUUCUGGAUCAUCCAAACCAAACCAAAAAGUCACCAUUGAGUGCUGACCCCAUAAACCUAAGAAAUGCCAGGAAUGCCAUUUUAGAAGAGUUUCCCCGUAUCAUUAACACCCUAUGUCUCCUUUGGAGUGUCAUAAAAAAGGAAGACUCUCAAAAAAGGCCAGCGGACUUUCUUGGAACAAAAGGCUCUUCUUCAGUUUACUUUAAGGCAACCAAAACAUUAAAGAAUAAAAUCUUGGACUUCUUGAAUCCCCUCACUGGGCAGCUUGGAGUGCAACUUAUAGCUGCGGUAGCAGCAGUGUGGAACAGCAAAAAAUCUCAGAAGCAUCAAAGCAAAACAAAGAUUCCUCCUGUAGUUAGUGUAUCUCAGCUGAUUCUUGUUGACCUAGUUUGUGCACUCAAUACUCUAAAGACUGAUACUAUAUUGCAGCUGGUAAAAGAAGUUGUAAAGAAACCAUCCCAAAUCAAAGGUGAAGAGAAGUCUUCCUUAGUGGAUAUCCCAGUGCUCCAAUUCUUCUAUGCCUUCAUACAAAGGCUUCCUGUCUUAGCCUUGCAGGAGAACUUCCAGUCACUGUUAGGAGUACUGAAGGAAUCUGUACAGUUGAAUUUGGCACCACCUGGGUAUUUCUUGCUUCUCAGCACUCUGAAUGAUUUCGUGACUAGAACUCCAACCCAGGAAAACAAGAAGGAUCAGAAAGACUUGCAGGAGGUAACCCAGAAGAUACUGGAAGCUGUAGGGAAUGUUGCUGGUUCUUCCCUAGAACAAACUAGCUGGCUGAGCAGGAAUCUGGAGGUGAAAGCCCAGCCUCAGAUAGCUUUAGAUGAACCCAUUGUUGAAGAUGAUUUCUGUGACACAUCAGUACCUUCCUCAAUGAUUUCUGCCUCUGCUCCAUCAGUGUACAGUGUUCAAGCCCUCUCUCUUCUUGCAGAGGUUCUUGCUUCUCUCCUUGAUGUGGUUUAUCGAAGUGAUGAAAAAGAGAAAGCAGUGCCUUUAAUCUCGCGUUUGCUGUAUUAUGUGUUUCCUUAUUUACGCAAUCACAGUGCCUACAAUCUACCUAGUUUCCGUGCUAGUACUCAGUUGCUCAGUUCCCUAAGUGGCUAUGCCUAUACGAAACGCGCAUGGAAGAAAGAUGUUCUAGAACUAUAUAUGGAUCCAGCUUUUUUCCAGAUGGAUACUUCAUGCAUUCAUUGGCGAGCCGUUAUUGAUCAUCUUCUUACACAUGAGAAAACUAUGCUUAAAGAUUUGAUGACUAUGCAGAGCAGUUCCUUAAAACUUUUUCCAAGUUUUGAGCAAAAGGCGAUGUUGUUAAAGCGUCAAGCCUUUGCUGUUUUCAGUGGAGAAACUGAUCAAUAUCACCUGUACCUUCCUUUAAUACAAGAGCGAUUGACUGACAACCUACGAAUUGGACAGACUUCCAUAGUAGCUGCCCAGAUGUUUCUGUUCUUCAGGGUUCUUUUGCUAAGGAUUUCCCCUCAGCAUCUAACUUCAUUAUGGCCAAUCAUGGUGACAGAGCUGAUUCAAACAUUUAUACAGCUAGAGGAAGAUUUGGCAGAAGAGGAAGAAUCUGCAAAAAACAGUAAAAUAAGUAAACAGAAAACAUCAGAUGGCAAUGGUCCAUUGCUUGGUGAAAUACAACAGAAUGAACUCUCCUUGUAUUUAUCAGCUUGUAAAUUCUUGGACACAGCGCUUUCUUUUCCACCAGACAAGAUGCAAUUAUUUCAAAUGUACAGGUGGGCAUUUGUUCCAGAGGUGGACACGCAGGCGUACAAUGUGACCUCAUCAGACCUAAUGGAAAAUCAUCAGGAAUGCAAGCCGCAUAUUGUUAGAAUCAUGGACUCACUAAAACUGAAAUAUGGGGAUCAAAAUACCUAUGAGAGACCUACAAAAAGCUAUGGCUUUCCUCUUCUGGACCUUCGUUCUAUAUCAAGCAUCGCACAGUUAAUGCCAUUCUUCAGGAUACUAAGUUGCGCUUUUAAAACUGAAAGCGACAGGCCAUUAAAUACACAUAGCUCAAAGUCUCUCAAAAUGGACUAUCCCACUGGCAGUGGCACAAGGACAUUGAAGUUACUGGAAGAAUGUGUGGAACGUGACUUUAUAGAAAAUAUGGAAAGUUAGUAUGCUCAAAGAUACUUGCAUUAUAUGAAGGUCAUACACCAGGUUUCAACUUUACUGAAAAAAAUGCAAAUACUAAAGUGAAACAUUUUAAUGUUUACAGAUUUCACUUUAAGUUUAUUUUUUCCGAUAUAGUCUACACCUGUUCUGUCUUUUGUUGAUUAGCGACAUACUGUAUUACCCAGGUUUUGUGGGAGCAAAUUAGGAUAAUAAUUUGCACAUUUCUUAAGAUGAAAGGUUUUUUUUACUUCCAAAACAAAACAGAAGCUUCUCUGUUUUACUUUGCUCAUACAGAGUUGCUCAUACAAUGAAGGCAAUAGAUUUGCUAUCUAUCUGAUCACAGCUGCAGUUUGUGGGAAAUUUUAAAGGGAAAAUCAAGACACAAAAGUUCCAUAUUUGAUAGGUAUAUUGGCAAAUGGAGACGCUCUUCUGAAGUUACUUUAGUUCUCUCUCUGAACAUCAUCUCUGUAGUAAGUUGAUACAAACAAAACAGCACACUGUACAAGUAUCCAUUAUGUAUUCCUCUAACAAAAUAUCUGUGUAACCUUUCUGUCAUAAUUUUUGCGCACCAAGGCUGCAAGCAUAAGCAUACUUACUGUCAAGUAGGCCUUGCUGAACCUAAGAGGAAUUGCUUGUUGGUAAAUAUCCAUAGGAUUAGGCUACAAGCUAUAUGUUUGAAUAAGAUUUAUAGAAGAAUCCUUCUUCUAAAACUAAGAAGGAAUUUUUUUUACUUGGACUAGUUUUAAAGUCAUGAUUGUCCUUUACAGUUUGCUUAAUCAGUACUUAAUUGUGUUCAGGUCUAUAACAUUUUAAAAGUUUUUUUGUGCAUAAGGACUGUAAAGUUCUUGAAAGGCAUGUGUAUAUACAGUACAAUGCUGCAUUAGAAGUUCUCAGUUUUCUAAGCAAAUAGAAUGCUGUGCUGAAACAGCUGUGCAGAUAUGUAUGUUUACUCCUUUAAGGUGUUGCAGAAGACUGGAUGCAACUAUUUAUGUGGUGAUUGAAUUUGAGGGAGAGGCUUUUGGUUCUGCCCUCUUCUUCCUGGCACAGCAUUUGUAAUACAUGAGCAGAAGGGGGGGGUUGCUAGGUGGAGUGUUUGCUAGGUGGGUGCCACUGUUAGCUACAAAUGGGGGAGUAUGUUAAAACAAGAAAUCUAUGUGUAAGAUAUAAUUGCUAGCCUAUUCUUUAAAUGUAUUGGAUACUAAGCUUUCUUAUUUUGAUAACUGUUGAUAUAAAGAAUACUCUCUUCUUUUUCCCACAACAUAUCUGGCACCUUCACUUCCUUAAAAAACAGACUGGGCAAAAUCCAGCCAAAAUUGAGCAUUUUUAUUUCCCAUUUCCUUCAGUGGGAAAGUGAAGAAUAUAUUUAAAUGUAUUCAUUGAAAUCAAUGGGCUUAAAAAUACAUUUGGCUGGAUUGUGCUCACAUUUUUGUUUGUGCAAUAUUUUUCUGGAAAACUUGGAUUUGAAUAUUUAAUGCCAAGAGAUUUUUUAUUUCAGCAUUGUCACUUUUUAAAAACUGUCCACUAAUACCACAAACACCUAGUUAUAUAGUGCAAAGGUUUUUGACAACUUUAUUUUGACAUUUUAUAUAGUAGACUAUUUGUGUAUUCUUAUUUCUUUACCAGUUAAUAGGUUUUCCGUAUUCAUUUUGAUACUAGAUAAAAUGCUGAUAUACACAUUACGUGCUUACUGUAAUUAUGUUAAAUGGACUAAAAUGAAACACUAUUUGCUUAUUCAUAUAUUUGUAACGUGCUGCUACUGACAUUAUGCUUCUAAACUAAACUUUCUCAUGAAUGUGAAAUUCACUUCUUCUGAAUGUAAUUAUUUUGUAAGUUUUUGCUUUAUCACAGAUAUAAAGAUGUAGUAUCCCCAUUUGGAAUUUUAAACAAUUUCAAAAUUUUAAGCAAAUGUUGCCAACACUCAGGAAAACAGAAUAGUCUCCAUUUGCAAUACCAGUUGUAUGAUAAGGAGCUCUCUGUAAGUAUCUCUUUCAAUCUUUCUUGCUCCUUUUACCAGUACUGGUGAAUUGCAGCCAAUAUCAGAUAUUUUACAAUACAGUUCACACCAGGGUCACAUUUUUAACCCAUAGAAAUAGGUAAAUACUUAGCAUAAUGUUAGCAACUUACUCUUCCUGUCAAGAUUAUACCCACCAUUAAGCUUCAGUUCCUCUUUUCCAUCCUCUUUGAAACCAUCCUGGGGACUGUCCAAUAUAUCAGUUUUUACCUCUUAAAACAUUUUCUUAAUUUCCUACAAAAGUAGAUCAGCUUUUCUACCAGAAGUGCUGUUGCUUGAUGUCUAGAGAAUAUCAAAUAGUGCAGGUUCCUGUUCAACUUGACAAACAGCAUCCUACCUUUGUUUCCUUAGGGCCAGCCCCUCAGAUUUUGUCUUACAAAACAUUUCCAUUUUGGGUAUGCGAAUUGUAACUUGGAGGUUAGAUUUGUGAUCCUCUGGGGCCCCGUAAUAUUCUGAGUUCUUACUGUACAUGACUUAUAGCCUCACAAGAAUAUUUGUUAAUUUCAUUUAAACAUUUAUAUUUGCUUCUCAAACUUGAAAACAAUAUAGGCUAGUUUUGGGGAUAACUUCUCACACUGUUAGUGACACUCUUGUUUUUCAAGUAGUGAAAAUCAAAUAUAAAGCAAAUACAAAUUUGAUUGUUGCUUUAAUGGAUACUACUGCUUUAUAAUAAUAAUAUAAUAAUAAUAAAAUUUUAUUUCUAGGCCGCCUAUCUGGCCGAAUUAACGGCCACUCUAGGCGGCGUACAUAGACUAAAAUAUAACAUAGAGUAAAAUAUAACAUAUAAUACAAAACAAAACCCCAGUAGUCUAUAGACAUCCCGAGCAGCAGGUUCACGCACACAUACACACACACGGUCUCUGGCCCCUUCAGCAGUUGCUGCUUUUGUAGCUGGAAAGAGACAGGGCCCCGCCCUUCCAGGCCAGGUGGAAAUCAGCCAGAAAUGCAGGGAGCAGGUCUUGCAGAAACUCACACAGGUAGAUGGUUAAAAUUACAGAUUUAGAAUGCAAUUCAAUGUGCUUACCUGGGAGUAAGUCCCAUUGAACCCAAUGGAGCUUACUUCUGAGUAGACAUGUAUUGGAUUGCAGCCUUAGAGGGCGAUACCUUAAAAAACAUCCUAAGUAUUUAAAAUUUGUUGCCAAAGAAAAGUCAAGAUUAAAGUGGUAACUGAGAUUAUGGCUGCUGUGUAAGGUUACUGUGUUCCUUGAAUGUAACUUUCAUAUUAAACAUUGUGUUGAAAUA